GCGAGCUUUCUUGCAGCGCCACCAGGAAUUUCGCUCCGGUUUUUCGAGAAUCGGUUUCGGCUGACGACCCGGAUUCGGCCCAAACCCGUUUAAGCUCGACCCAAGAAGAUGGCCAUGAGAGCAGCGGCGAGGCGAGCGAGCUUGACUCGGUUCAUGGACUCAUCUCGAGGAGCGGCGAGGUACCUGAGCUCGGGCGAUGGAAGGAUCCUGAGCGAGGAGGAACGCGCAGCUGAGAACGUCUAUAUCCAGAAAAUGGAGAGGGAGAGGAUGGAGAAACAGAGAAGGAAGGCCGAGAAAGAGAAGGCGGAGAAAGAGAAAGAGAAAGAGAAAGAGGCUGCUGAGCAGAAACCUGAAGGGGUUCAUACUGCUUGAGAGGUCGAUCUUUAACUACUGAUGAAGCGAGGGUGUUCGCAGGCGAAUAAUGAGUAUGCAAAAUAAACUUGUCCUGGGAGUCGCUUCCUGUACAGAAUAAUCCUCUUGUUAAUAUCUGAUCUAGUCUCCUAACAGUGAUACUGUUUUUGUGAGCUUCUAAUGCUUAAGCUGGUUGCUAGUCGGUUUGCAUUUGCUUCUCUUUGAAAAUCAUGUGUCAGGAAUCAGGAUUGCAUCCCUUUAUUUUGUCUAUGCAUCGGAAGAGAUGAUUUGCCA